UUGACAAGAAGAAUAUACUGGACAGCGGUACUCCCCAUGAAUUCAUGUUUUGUCCUGGUUUUUGAUUGGUUGGAUGUAUAAAUUGAUCACGUGAUAGCCUAAAAAAACAGCGGAGAUUUCUGGAUUCUGAUUGGCUGAUUAACCAAUGACGUCAUCAAGAUAAUAUUUUUGUUGUCACGGAAACAAAUUUCCACAAGGAUUUCAUUUCGCAUUCAUUCAACCAUUCACUAUUUUUCGGGCAUUCUUUCAGACGUUUUUGCGUAAUCUUUCAUUGUUUUUGAAGAAUGGAACGGACAAGGCGUUGGCCAAACACUUCCAAUGAGGUUUCUUGGAACUUUAGAAGGAAAGAGGACGAAUUCACUCGUUUUUCUGGACACAAAUGUUUUGUUGAAAGUUGUAGUUUUUCACCCGACGGAAGUCUUUUAGCGACGGCGUCCGGCGAUGAAAAAAUAAUCAUCUGGAAUAUUGAACAAGCAAUAGAACUAUUUGCCUUGCAGGGGCACAGAAGCACUAUAUGGAGUUGUGAGUUUAGCCCCGACUCCAUAAAUCCACUUCUUUGUAGCUGUUCAAGCGACAGGACAGUUCGUGUUUGGAAUCUUGAAGAAAGAAGCGAAAUAGCGGUGAUGAGACAACACAAAAAUACCGUUUGGACUUGCAGAUUUUGUCCAACCAACAACACAACGAUAGCAUCUGGAUCUUCAGAUAUGCUUAUUGUUAUUUGGGACUUUAUUGAAGAUGCAGUUAUUAGAGUUCUAGAGGGACAUUCAGACGUAAUUGAAGAUAUAUCUUUUUCUCCAAACAACAACGCAACCAUCGCCUCUGCCUCGCGGGAUCGAACUAUCCGAUUGUGGAAAAACUGGUUAUACCCUGAAACAACGGAGUGUAGCACAUUGUUAGGACACGAAGCCCGUGUAACUUGCUGCGUGUAUUCGCCCUUGAAUGAUGGACGGCUACUCUCAGCUUCUGCCGACCGGACCAUCCGUGUUUGGGAUAGCGAUAAUGGCGAGGAACUAAUAAGGAUGGAAGGGCAUUCCAAUAUCAUUUGGAGAUGUUGCUUUUUGCUUUACCAAGAUUGUGUUCUUAUUGCAUCUUGUUCAAGCGAUAGAACACUAAGGAUAUGGGACUCCAAAUCAGGGAGUGAGUUGAAAACUUACCGUGACCUGGACUCCCACACGGAUCCCAAGGCUCAGCUACUGUACUGCGCAUGCUCCAGCAAUAGAUUAGCAGUGACGUCAUACGAGGGUGGCGUAUAUGUAGCGCGCACGGCAGAGUUGAUUCACGAUGUGCUGUAA